AUGUCUGACGAUAAGCAGCUUCGUAUGAUCAUUAUGGGCCCUCCAGGUGCUGGUAAGGGUACUCAAGCUCCUGCUAUCCAAAAGAAGUUCAAUGCUGCCCAUCUCUCUACUGGUGAUAUGCUUAGAGCUGCUGUUGCUGCCAAGACCUCUUAUGGUGUUGAAGCCAAGAAACUUAUGGAUGCUGGUGAACUUGUUCCUGAUGAAAUCGUUGUUGGUUUGAUUGAAGAGAAUUUGAAGACCAACCCUCUUUGUCAGAAUGGUUUCAUUCUCGAUGGUUUCCCUCGUAACUGUGCUCAAGCCGAAAAAUUGGAUGCUAUGCUCAAGGCUAUGGACAAGCCUUUGAACAGCGUCAUUGAGUUGGUUGUUGACGAUAAACUUCUUGUUGACCGUAUCUGUGGUCGACUCAUCCACCCUGCUUCCGGUAGAUCCUAUCACAAAGUUUUCAAUCCUCCUAAGGUCCCCAUGACUGACGAUAUUACCGGUGAACCUUUGAUUCAACGCUCUGAUGACAAUGAAGAAGCUCUCAAGAAACGUCUCGUUGCUUUCCAUGAACAAACUGCUCCCGUUUCCAACUAUUAUAAGAAACAAGGUAUUUGGUAUGGUGUUGACGCCGCUCAAUCACCUGAAGCUGUCUGGGAUUCAAUCAAUGCUAUUUUCAACAAGACUCUUUAG